GAUGCUCUUGGUUUAUAUAGUGGAGGGAGUCGUUUGUAUCGAUCAAAACCUGAAUCAAAAACCUAUUUUCUUUUCUAUCCUCGUCUUCUUCCUUUUUCUCUGGAGUUGCUCCCUCGAAGCGAACAAUUCUAAUGUAUUUUCUUCAAACAAUUUGGGGUGUGACACAAAGAGGCGGUUGAUGCUAUUUUGUGUGCCGCUCCCUGACCUGUGUCGAGGAUGGCCGGAGAUGUAAACGGAGGGGGAUUCGGCUCAACGCUGUCGUCCCCGGCGUUGGCCGAGGCGCGGUACGUCAGGGCCAAGACGUCAGUGUGGUGGGACAUAGAGAACUGCCAAGUUCCCAAGGGCAGCGACGCGCACGCGAUUGCCCAGAACAUCAGCUCCGCUCUCGCCAAGAUGAAUUACUGUGGUCCCGUCUCCAUCUCCGCCUAUGGCGACACCAACGGGAUCCCUGCAUCUGUCCAACAAGCCCUCUCCAGCACCGGCAUCGCCCUCAACCACGUCCCCGCCGGUGUGAAGGAUGCAAGUGACAAGAAGAUAUUAGUUGAUAUGCUGUUCUGGGCAGUAGACAACCCUGCCCCUGCAAACUUUAUGCUAAUUUCGGGAGACACAGAUUUCUCUAAUGCGCUCCAUCAACUGCGCAUGAGGAGGUAUAACAUACUUCUAGCACAGCCGCAAAAUGCAUCCGCGCCCCUAAUUGCUGCAGCGAAGACUGUGUGGCUUUGGACCAGCCUCUCUGCCAGAGGACACCCACUUUCGAGUGGUGAAUCAUCACAGUUCGCUAAUGGUCAUCAUACCUCUAAUCUUGAAACAUCUCAAUACCAACUUUAUGAAUCUAUUCAAUUAAGCCAACCUAUGAUAUACAGCAGUUCAGAAAACCUUUCUUUUGGAAAUCAAAGGCCUUCCGGUAGUGAACGGGUUGGUGAUAACAAAAAUAAGGGGAAGAAUGGUCGAAAAACCAUAAAUCAGUCAAGCAUGUCGUGGCCCUCAAACGUGCCAGCUUCAACUCAAGAGAGUAAAAACAAUGAUUACCCUUACCAACAGGAACAUACAGAACCCAACCAGUUUAAGAAAGCCCCACAUGAAUUAUAUGGUUUCGUCGAGCCUGUAGUCUUUGUAAAUUCUCAUAGUCAUCACGGUUUUCGCCCACAUGCUCCUAGACCUGAUGGCCCCAGGUUUUUACCAGUUCGACACACAAGUAUGCAUGAAUCACCCAGCUAUGCUCAAAGUCCUCCUAAUGGCCAUCACCGACGUGGAGAAGAAUUUAGGCCUAACUCUACUGAAUCUCGAUAUCCAGCUCGUGUAAAUAUAACACAAAAGGGCCAUGGCCCGACAUCUCAUCGUGAUACUAUGAGCAACAGGUAUCCCCGCGGUUCUGGAUAUCGACCACCAGCAAACAGAUAAUGUUCUGUGUGGUUUCUCUAUUUUCUGCGAAAUAAGAAUGGAGAUAUAUGAGAGCAACAAGUCCGCAAGGAGGUAACGGAGGAUUAUAAUGAAUGGAAUUUUGUUUUAUUUUAUGAUGAAAUCAGCGUUAUGUAUUGUUGAUGUUGUGUUUCGUUGCUUGAGCAAUUCCAUAGGGGCCCAACUUGAGCAACUCCACAAGGGCCCAACUUGUACCUGAGACUACGGAAAAAUGAAGGCUCUGGGAUGAUGAGAAACACCUCCGAUGUUUAAAUUAGAAUGCAGUUUUUCGUUUGUGGAUUA